AGAUUUUUUAUUUCACGUCACGUGAUCAUUCAAAAUGGCGGUCAUCUUUAGAAAGUGUAUUUGGAAUUUCUUUAGUAUUUCUUCGAAAAUAUCUAGUCAGGAAUUGGUUGCAAUUGCACCAAUAUGCACAUCGUCCAAUUUUGGUCAGUCCUCUGGUCAAGGCCAACCAACGGGUGUAGAUCCAAGUCUGGCUCACUUAGAUGAUAGCCCACAAUACCCUGGGAUAAGGACUGCUGAAUAUACACUAGACAUGGACUUUAACUUUCCAGAGAAUGAUAAACCAAUGCCUGUUUACAGACUUAUGGAUAAGAAGGGAAAGAUACUUGAUCCGUCCCAAGAUCCAAAGCUGGAUGAAGACAAGGUGAAGAAGAUGUACAAAAACAUGGUCACAUUAAAAAUAAUGGAUAAAAUAAUGUACGACUCCCAGCGUCAGGGGAGAAUAUCUUUCUACAUGACUAACUUUGGUGAAGAAGGGGCACAGACAGGUUCCUCUGCAGCUUUGAAUGAUGAUGACCUGGUGUUUGGUCAAUACAGGGAAGCAGGUGUGUUAACAUGGCGAGGCUACACACCCUACCAGGCUAUGUCCCAGUGUUAUUCCAAUGCUGAUGAUAUGCUGAAAGGCCGCAGUGUGUUAACAUGGCGAGGCUACACACCCUACCAAGCUAUGUCUCAGUGUUAUUCCAAUGCUGAUGAUAUGCUGAAAGGCCGCAGUAUGCCAGUGCAUUAUGGAUCUAAGGAGUUGAACUUUGUCCCUAUGUCCUCACCAUUGGGUACACAGUUUCCACAGGCUGCAGGGGCUGCAUAUGCAUUCAAACGAGCCCAGAAUGGACGUUGCGUGGUAUGUUACUUUGGAGAUGGGGCAGCAUCAGAGGGAGAUGCACAUCCUGCCUUCAACUUUGCAGCCACUCUGGAAUGCCCUGUUAUAUUCUUUUGCCGCAAUAAUGGAUAUGCAAUCUCGACACCUACAACUGACCAGUAUAGAGGGGAUGGAAUAGCAUCUAGAGGCAGCGGUUAUGGCAUGGCAUCAGUGAGGGUUGAUGGCAAUGACACCUUUGCAGUGUAUAAUGUUACUAAGGCAGCCAGGGAAGUAGCAGUCGGACACAAUAGACCAGUUCUUAUUGAAGCAAUGACAUAUAGAGUUGGUCACCAUAGUACAUCAGACGACAGCUCCGCCUAUAGGUCAACGGAUGAAGUAAGGACGUGGGAAGAGAGAGACAAUCCAAUCAACCGUCUCCGUCACUAUAUGACCAAUCAGGGCUGGUGGUGCGAUGACACAGACAAAUCUUAUCAAAAAGAAACUAGAAAAAUGGUUCUUGAUGCCUUCCAUAAAGCCGACAAGCGGAUCCGACCAAAUCCUGAAUACAUGUUUGAGGAUGUUUACGACACCAUGCCACCCCAUCUACAAGAGCAGUUCAAUGAAAUGAAAGAACACGUUGCGAAUUACAGAGAGCACUAUCCUCUCGAGAAAUAUGAAAAAUUUGUAUAAAUUCAGUUGAUCUGCUCUUUGGGUGUUCACAGGCUAAAACAAUGCUCACUUAGCUUUGAAAUAAUAUUUAUCAGCAAGAAAACCCCAAAAUGGAGAUAUAUACUAUAUAGGUACAAUUUCAGACUAAAAUCUAGCAAAUCAGGUUUUCAAACCAACUCAGGUGAUGUGUGAACUUUUUUACUAUCUAUUUUUGUUGAAAAAGCAUUCAACUAUUUCUAUACAACAAACUUUAUAACCACAGUUUUAGACUGUCUGGGUUUUGUAACAUUCGUUACACUUUAAUUUGUUAACAAAGGUGAUGUCCAAAUUCACCCAAAAUUUUACUGCUGUAGUGGCAUGUUGAUUGCUAUAGUGUUUUGAUGUCGUUCUUUUAGAAUCUCAUACCAGCAUAGUCAUUUGGUGCCAUUCUAAGUGUAAGCUACAUGUCUAUUAUUACGAAUUCUACGCAUACCAUGAAAUUUCAGUGACUAAAUGAAGUUGAUUCAAUGUUAGUCAAGAGACUCGAGACAUCUUGGAGCACAUGUAUAAUAUCAACAUAAUAAUUCAGAAAUCCUUACAGCAUAUCACAUAUACGAGUAUGUUCAUAUUGGACCAUUUUGAUUCGCUUAGAUUUAGCUUAUUGGCUAUAUUUUGUGGAUAAGUUUUUCAUAUUUUGGAAUUUUCAAAUCAGUUGUUUAGAAUCUACUAAAUUUUGUAUUUGUUGACAAUUUGAUGCCCCAAUUAAUAUAGAAAAAUUUAAAGAACACCAAACUGAACAUCGCCAAAAUCUCCAGAAAUCCAGAAUAACCGUUUGGUCUCAGAUAAGUAUAACCACUGUAGCCUUGCUAAUUCCAUGUGCCCCACCUCUCAACAUCCAACCGCAGGGAGGUAAAUGGGUAGGGUUUUGUCAAAAGGCUGAAUGCAAGAUUACAUCUAUAAUAUGGGAGGGAGUAUGGUAGUAUAGGGGAAAUUGUUUGUACUUAUUGUUAGUGUGCCCUGCGCACAGAGUCGAGUUAUAAACUACCUGAAGACGAAGCUCUCUUUUGAGA